ACGGCGCUGCGGGUGAAGCCUAGGCUGUUCCUCGGAGGGUGGAGGGCUGGGGGACCCGCCAGGGAAGUGGGGGGCCCCGCGCCGUGCCCCUGUGUGCCCACCCCUGGUCCCCCGGCACCGAGGCUGCUCGAGCCCAGGGUGUUUUUUUACUUGUCCCGCCACCUCCCAGACUCUGGCCCAACAUGAUACUGACUAAAGCCCAGUACGACGAGAUAGCCCAGUGCCUAGUGUCUGUGCCUCCCACCAGGCAGAGCCUGAGGAAGCUGAAGCAGAGGUUCCCCAGUCAAUCGCAGGCCACUCUGCUGAGCAUCUUCUCCCAGGAGUACCAGAAACAUAUUAAAAGAACCCAUGCCAAACAUCAUACUUCGGAAGCAAUUGAAAGUUAUUACCAGAGGUACCUGGAUGGAGUGGGGAAAAAUGGAGCUGCCCCAGUGCUCCUGGAGCUGGCCAAUGAGGUGGACUACGCACCCUCAUUAAUGGCCCGGAUUAUACUGGAGAGGUUUCUACAAGAACACAAGGAAACUCCGCCCCCUUUCCCCUCAUCACAUAGGAACAGGAAGAGAGAAGCUCCUGAGGCCACUGAGAUACCCCAAGCUCAGGAUACUGCAGCUGUAUGUGAUGAUCUAAAUGCGAAUGGUCUUCAUUAUCCCCGGCGUAAUGCCUCCAAGUCUGUUAUAAAUAGUCUGCUACGGGACCCUUCUCAGAUUCCAGAUGGAGUUCUAGCAAAUCAGGUCUAUCAGUGCAUUGUGAACGACUGCUGUUAUGGACCGCUGGUGGACUGCAUCAAACACGCUAUUGGCCAUGAGCACGAAAUCCUGCUGAGAGACUUGCUUCUAGAGAAGAAUCUGUCCUUCCUAGAUGAAGAUCAGCUCCGUGCAAAGGGUUAUGACAAAACACCAGACUUUAUUUUACAAGUACCAGUAGCUGUAGAAGGGCACAUAAUUCACUGGAUUGAAAGCAAAGCCUCAUUUGGUGAUGAAUGUAGCCACCACGCCUACCUGCAUGACCAGUUCUGGAGCUACUGGAAUAGAUUCGGGCCGGGCCUGGUCAUCUACUGGUACGGAUUCAUCCAGGAGCUGGACUGUAACCGGGAGAGGGGCAUCCUGCUCAAAGCCUGCUUCCCCACGGACAUCGUCACCUUGUGCCACGGCGCCGCUGCGCCCUGACGGGCCUGGACCAGAGGCUGCGGGGGGAAGGUGGAUCCGGAAGCAAUUUCACUUCCCUGCAGCGUCAACUCCUGGCAACAUCUGCCCUGAACUCCAGCUGAACCCUUGCUGCCCGUGGUCACACCACUGCCUCUUUAGACAAACAUAGCAGGAGUCUCUGUUUUCCUUCAUCCCUUGCUGAUGUGAGCAGCCAAGAGCUACAGACACAACCCACUCAUUGUCAGCGUUUCUGUCUCUGUCAAACAGUUGGUUUAUAGAUAGUCAUAAUCUGUCUUCCUUCCGGAUGGUUUCUCCCUGAAUACUGAACAAAAGGGAAAACGUGGGGACUCCAAGGUGUGAUUUUUCAAUGCUCCUCCCAGUCCCCGAAUCACCCUCUUAUUUUUUUUUCCCCUAAGAUUCCUCCCCCUCCCCCUUCUCUUCAUGAAACCCAGACACCCAGGGUCGCAUGACCGCGUGGCAGCAUCCAGCCGGGUCCCAGCAACACUGAGGCCAUGGUCCGAAGCCGAAUCCUCGCCCUCACCUGCGGGCUCCGAGGCCCCGCGGGCAGCCCGUGCCGCCGCCUUCGCCCAGGCUUCGCGGCUUCCUGACUUCCAGGGCCCUGAGCCAAGCUGAAAAAUACACUUGAUGAGAAUUUCCUCUUUUCCUAAGACUUAUUUGAGCACCAAACAUUUCUCAUUUAUCUCAUUGGAAAGUGUCCGUUACAUUGUGUCUAGAAACCGCACUCCUCCGCGGGCGGGGGGCGGAGCGGGGCGGCUGGAGCGAGGUGCCAGCCGAGACAGGAGUUUAUUUUUAAAACGUGGCUAGUUCUCAGUGAUGUGCGAUCGUAUUUUUAUGAGCAAAAUUCUUUGAAAGUGCAUUUGGUGCACUGCUUUUCACCUGCAUUUUAUACCACGUAAUUAUAAAACGCUCAUAACUGGGGCAUUAGAAAUAUUCAGCUUGGAACGAAUGAAGUGCGCUGGAAGUGAACCUGGGACGAUUUUCAAGAAGCAGAAUCAGGCAGAGGGUGUAUCUGUUCACUUUAUUUGGUCACCUUCUAUGCUGCAAAUCAGAUUUCACUAAAGCAAAACAUCAGUGAACUCAUUAUAAAUCUGUCUUUUGGGAAGUUAAAGAUUAAUGUAUGCCCAGAAAUAUAUUUAGUAAAAUACAUUGACAAAACAUGACUUUGGCAAUGUUGAAUUGGCGAGUUUGGAGCUGUUAAUAAAGGUGUAAGUUUUUACAAACGUG